UCUGCCGUGCUGUAGUAGGGUAAAGACAGCUGCUCUCAGCGACGGAGGAAGGAACGGAAAAAGCCGUACAAUGCAUUAGCCGCAGGCAAUGGCUCGUCCCCAGCUCUCCCAGUGAUUCUCUCACCGAGCCGCUCCGAGAGAAUUAUGGCGUGAGAAAAGCCGUGGGAUAAUUAAAGCGAAACUGUCGGGAGUUACUUGUAGCGGCAGACUCUGCUGCUGCUGCUGCCUGGAAGUUUUUCGUUGUUUUCCCGUCGGGGGGCCCCGACGCUGGCGGCGGCGGCGGCGGCGGCGGCUCUCUCCCCGGAGCGGUGUCCCGGUCUGCCCAGCCCCAUGCAAAACCUAACGGCUCCUGGCGGCCCCGGCAACUCCAAUGUCACCUGCUCCUGCAACUGCACCGCUUCCCAGCCACAGGGAAUGGAGAUAUCUGAACUGGAGUUUGUUCAGAUCAUCAUCAUCAUCGUUGUGAUGACUGUGAUGGUGGUGGUGAUCAUCUGCCUGCUCAACCACUACAAGCUCUCCACCUGGUCUUUCAUAACGAGGCAGAGCCAGGCCCGCAGGCAUGACCAUGCCCUACAACAGGACGGGUGCCUGUGGCCUUCAGACAGCGGCUCUCGGCAAGGCGCCUCGGAGGUGUUAUAUGCUCCGCAGGCGAGGGAUCGCUUCACCGCUCCCUCCUUCAUGCAGCGUGACCGCUUCAGCCGCUUCCAGCCCACCUACCCCUACCUGCAGCAUCAGAUCGACCUGCCGCCCACCAUCUCCCUGUCGGACGGGGAGGAACCACCGCCGUACCAGGGACCCUGCACCCUCCAGCUCCGUGACCCCGAGCAGCAGAUGGAGCUGAACCGCGAGUCGGUGAGGGCACCGCCCAACCGGACCAUCUACGACAGUGACUUGAUCGACAUGGGAGGAGGCGGGAGUCUAGGAGGGGUAGGGGGAGGAGGGGCGGGGAUGGGAGGCGGUGGCCCGAGGCCGCCCAGCAGUAACUCGGGCAUCAGUGCCGCCAACUCCAGCAGCCACGGGCGUAUGGAAGGCCCCCCGCCAGCAUACAGCGAGGUGAUAGGCCACUACCCUGGCUCAGCAUUCUUUCUACACCAGCACAGCAAUAACCAGAGGGUGGGGAGGCCGGGGGGGCUGGGGAGCAGGACAAUCCAGCAGCAGAGCCAAUCAGAAAGCACAAUUGUACCUGCCAAGGCCAAGGACGGCCAACCAGAGGACUUGGUGUGAAGAAACAGGGAGGGGAGAGGUAGGGCCACCCACCCCAGACUGAGAUCUGUGUCUCUCGUUCACCCCAGACCUCCUGUAAGCCGGGGUCUCUCUUAUCGCUCUCUCUCACGUCCUCUCUCCACACUCCCAUGCACAAACACACCAACUUUAGCUACAGAAACGAGCAAAGAGAGGAACCAACAACUGAUCUCAUUUCAUCCAUGCGCUAGCACUGCUGGGACAGGAUGUACGCACUGUGUCCAGACUUUUUUUUUUCUCCUUAUUUUAAGAAAGAACCACACUGCUAGCACAGAUUGAAACAGUUUUCUCUUUCACCCCCCCACUCCCCCCGGCGGUGAUGCCGCUGUCCCCAGGAACUGAGGAGGGAUCAGUUUUGGGGGGGUUUGUUGUUUUCUUCUUUCUUCAUUGUUUUUCUGUUUUUGGACCGGGAUCUGUGCACAAAGCGAGAACUGAGAAUCAAGGACUUUACAGAGAACACAACGAAACAAGAGACUCACAAACCCAAAUCUUAGUGCCAAGGUUCACAAGGAAGCAAAACAAAGGGGGGGGGGAUGACUUCUAACAUUGAAAACACAAAAGAAACGUUAUCUCAAAGUUGCACUAUCUUUUUGUUGUAAAAGAGAAGAGGGAAAUGAUGUUAUGUUAUAACAGCGAUGUUUUUAAUUUCCUGUCUUGUUUGUUUGUUUUUUGGCCUUUUUGUGAAUGGACUGAUUGACUGACUGAACUUUGGCUCCAAAGUUGUUUUGAACAAUUGGGAGCAAAAACAAAAAAACAAAACAAAAAAAACCCAACAACAACAAAAAAACAACAACAAAAAAAAAACAAGUAUUAUAAGCUUAUGUCCUUCCUUUUUUGAAAACCGCAAGAAAUCCUUGUACCCAGCCUAAACAUCUCUGUCUGCUUACACCACAGGCACAGUGAGACUUAGUAAGAGAAUAACCUGUACUGCUUCAUGUCUGCGUUCACAUCAUGGGGAGGGGUGGGGGGGUAAUCUGCCUCAUGAGCAGCUGCUGGAUUGAUGGCGUGUUAUAACUAACCACCAGAGGAAGUGAGCAAAGAUUAGAGUCGUAAACACAGCUUGGCUGGAUUCAGUGCGAUCCAGGCUCAGGUUUGUGAGAUAUCAGCCCAGCUGUUUUGAUAUCAAAAAAGCCCUCAGCCCCUGUUAAGGAGGGUCUGUCUAGCAGGUGGUCAGAGCAGAUUCUUCUCAUUUCAAAUCUACCCUGACUGCUGAGUACCUGAUGUUUCCUCUCGCCCCCCUUCCCUGCAUCCAGGUCCACCGCCCUUCCCCAAAUGCUCGUCUCAGACAUCUUGCACAGUGCAUUCUGCCAACAGCCACCACACUGAACUCGAACCCACACAGAAAAACACAAAAUAUGUGAAGAAGAAGAAGGAGGGGGGGAAAAAAAGAAGGCUCGACUCUCCAUCUUCACGUUUCUAAAGCCACAAAAGAAUGACACAAAGUGAAGAUUCCUGUCUGCGUCUGUCAGCACAGAGAUCAGGUUUUUAAAGGAAAAUUGUCUGUGGUCAAAGUCAAAGGGCUAUGGGAGGCUCCUUUUUGUAAAAGAAACACAGAAAAAAAACCUUUUUGAAAAUCUAGCCUUUUUCUCUGCUCAUCGUUGCCUUCUCCUCUGCUCUUGCGCUUUAUCUGUCUCUGUUUCCUGUUUGCGCCAGUCCCCCUCCCCCCUUUUCUAACGGCGUCUCCGGUAAACACUGUUCAUCAUCACUCCUUCCAUCCAUCCGUGUGCAGGAAAAGUGCGAUCAAAUGAUGCAGAGUCCGCCGAGCCCUUUAAAGUGGAGACUGGAGUGGAGUUCUCAUUCGGCAGCGUGCUGGUGCAGCCCUCUCCUCGCUGUAUAAGUGUGUACACGUGUGCGUUUGUUGGUCAGACCUUUUAACAACACAGAAAAGCACUUAAUGCUCCUGCAGGAGGUGUGUGUGUGUGUGUGUGUGUGUGUGUGUGUGUGUGUGUGUGUGUGUGCGUGUGUGUGCGUGUGUGUGUGUGAUUGUAACUGAAUGAUUUAUUAACUGACUCCAGUUUAAACAUUCAAGGACAUAUUACUUCUUUAUCACAGCUUCAGUUCAGCUUUCAUCAGGAUACAGUCGAGUGUCUUUCUUAAAAAGGCAGAAAUGCUCCAUGUUUGAUUGUCACAGUGCAGAGGUGACAUCCCAGUGAGCCUCAAACAAAGUGGACGCAUCCAGCAAACCCCAAAAAGGAAAAGCCCAGCUGCAUACUACGUACUGGUUCCAGGCGUGCUCGCAGUACAGCCUCAGCACGUCGGCGUGCACGCGGGACAUGCUUGAGUGAAGUGCAGUCUUUAUAGUCCCUCCAUGUAUUAAAUCUUUGAAAAACGAAAGCUCUGCUUUCUUUUCAAGAUCAGAGGACAAGGCUGUAUGAAUUUAAUGUUUCUCCUACUCUCAGCAAAUCCCAUGAAAGUGUCUAAAUACUUUUGCGACCUCCUCACCCCGUCUGUAGCGCUCGGCACUCAGCACCAGUUCCAUUCAUUUCUGCUGAACAGACAAAAUAUUUAAAAGAAGCAUUUGGCUCAAGGUUAAAUUAGUGUGUUUCUUGUUAAUGCCAAAAUUCAUCGUCGAAGAGCAAUCGCUUUCACAGUCCGCUGUUGUCACGAUUUUAAAGCUCUGUACGUGGGAGUCAUUAUGACAGGUCUGUUAGUGGAGCUUUUUAAAAAAAAAAAAAAUAAUAAUAUCCAACCAGUGGAUUUUUCAGCGUGAGGCUCACAGGGAGGUGGGUGCAGCACCUGGACGCUGCACACGUGGCUCUAGUUAGAUUUGGACUGGUUGAGGACUAUUUUAAGCUCAAACACAUUUGGUGCUCUAGUGGGCACUAGCACCCACAGGAAGGCUGUGUGAGUCCAUGUCCAUGUAAACGGCUGCGUGCUGGUAAUGAAGGAACAUGCUUUCCAGUGCGACUCACUGUUAUUCAACCACAGUCGGGCUCAUGGGAAUAACAUGCUAACAAUAACACGUUUGCAGAAAACGUGUGAAUUUGUUGCCAGGAUGUUUCAGAAAAGCUGAAGAAGUCGCAGGAUGUUUCACAGCUAACUGGCAACAGGUCCAUAGCAUCUUUGAUUAGAAAGGAUCGUCUUUCAGUAAAGACGGUUAGUGAUACGAUACUCUGAAGACUGCAAGGGAAAACGUGUCUGUGGCCACGCUCGUGCCAGAUGAAACCCUCAGUAAUGCUGGGUGAUGGAGCAACAUGUGGUCCCACCCUGAUGAUCUUUCAGUGAAGCCUCUGCUUCUCAUACCUAUGGGAUGAGCUGCUAGGAUCAAAUUUAAGCGACGCGUGAAAAAUGUAGUCUGAUCAUUUGAUAUAAUCUUGUUUAAACUGUACUCAUUUAAAUUAUUUCCAUUAGGCUGUGGUGGGUUUGUAACAUUUUACACUGAAUCCCAGGGUGCACUGGGAACAUGCAGUACUUACGAAUCUUUUCAUGGGAUUUGUUGACAAGAAAAAAAUAUAAAGUAACACCAGGCUGAACAUCUUUUGUCACUCCUUGUUAGCGCAAAACUUGAUGUCUUGUAUGACGAAUACACAAACCUCUGUAGCAUGAAAUGAAAUGUGUCGGUGUAGAUCACCUGCUGCUGCCAGAUGAACACGGGUGAUUAUUGGACGAGUGCAGCAGUGUUCGAUGGCAUCAUGCCAAACAGCUGAGGUGGAAGCAGGAAGUGGUUCUUCAUGUAUGUUUGUCCCCCUCCUUCCACACUCAUGAGUCACUUAUAAGAAAGUUUCAGUCAGUCUGAACAGAAGCCCCGUCGCCAUCGGUGUGUUUGAAUGUCCCAGUGGUGAUCAGCUGACUCUAAGGUUUUGUUGUGUGUGUGUGAGUGAGAUCACAUCGCUGCUAUUGCUGUUGCCGCUGCUACUGUUGUUGCUACUGCUGCUUCUCAUGCUCACCCCAACCCGCCCAAAGUCUUUGUAUCACCCCCUCCCCCCUCACAUCAACCAGAAGGAGAGAAAUCUGGCCCUUUGCAGUCAAACCCACAAGUAUUGAGACAUCAAGCCUUGUGUUCCAACACUUUGACUUCAGACGAGCAGAGGUGUGUUUACCUAGCAAAGAUUGUCCCAACACUUUUGGCCUUUGACCUACUCCAGCCCCACAUCUUCUUCCCCCGUUUUUUUAAAUAUUUUUUCCUUCUUCUUUUUUGUUCUCUGCUUGUUCUUUCUGCGCAGUCAUAGCUUGUAAAUGGAGGAUACAAAGAUGAAUUUUAUGUUUUCUACAAGGAGGUUUGCAUGUUACUAUUAUGUGAGUAAAUAAGGUGCCUAACGUUCAUGUUUGAGCAGACCACACCUCAGUCAGACUGCUGCUGGGAAUCCGCGAGGGUGGCUUCAUCGCCGCCUGUCUGGCAGAAUAGAGAAGCAGAGUGCGAGGACGGCCAAAAAGCGAUCCUUUCUGUCUUUUUGUUUUUUCCUCUCUCUAAAGUCUUGGACGGAUGAGCCUGCUCCGACAUUUAGGAUUCUGGGGCGUUCUCAAGCUCUUGUUAAUUUAGCGACACCCACCCUCCCUCCCAAUGAGCAACAGUGUGCCUGUUUCCAAACUUGCUGCUCCACCUUGAACUUUUUUUUAUUUUAAUUUUUUUGAGUGCGGCAGUUGCUCACCGGCCAUUGUGCCAGACAGGACCGGUCGCUCCUAGAGAAGCCACCGAAGCCAUUCCAAGCAGUAAUGUGACCCGUGUGGAGCAGACAUAGGAAACCCACUUGCACUCAAAAAGCUCCCACCUUCGUUGUGCCUCACUUCCAACGGUGCUUUUUUCAGUAGUCUGUCUUUCUUUAUGUUUGUUUGUAAGAUGCUGUAUAUAACUUGAAUAUAUUAUGCACAUAUCCUACCCAAUGGGUAGAAACCACAAAAAGAUGUUGUGAAUAAUGUAAUAUAAUGUAUAGACGAUAUAAGAAUUUUAAGAAGGCAGCAUCAAAUUUGUAAAUGCCUACAGUUAAAAAUGUGCUUUGUCUUUUUUUUUCCUUUUCUUUUUUAAAAAUAAGAAAACGUGGUUUGCAAAGUACGCUUAGAAAAUGGUUGCAACACAAAUACAAAUUACUACUUAAUAAUAAUAUUUUGCUAUGAAUAGUCUGUUAUGAGGACGAGAGAACCUCGGGAUUAAGGACCCUCGUUGAGAGACGAUAUUCACGUGUUUGUCGGAUUCUUCUGUCACAGUGCCAGCCAUCAUUUAGGCACUGGCUGAUGAUUUUUCUUUUGACCAACUAACAAAUGUAUAGCUCUAUUAUACAGAUCUUUUAAGAAAACAUAUAUCUCACACACACACACACGAGAGCUGUCAGCACUUCUCCGUGAUCUAGGAGAAUGUGCUCCUCUGUACGUCUGAUUUUUAGUUUUUGUAAUUCUGCCAAAGUGUAAAAACUCGCUGAGCACACCGGGCUCUGCUUAUUGGUCCGGCUGGAUGUUUAGGCAUUUCAGCUCUAGUUUUUAAUUGCAUGGUUGUCAAAGAGGAAAACCAUCAAUGGAGGGGAAGAAGGAAAAAAAAUCCAUUUAGUGGUUCAGUUUGGGAAGUUGCACCAGCAUGGCACGAGCGAGGGGAAAAAAGCCGUUCAAACUGUCACUUCUUUUGUUUUUGUUUGUUUCCUCUGUUAUUUUUCACAAUUAUUUUCUACAUUAUAAUGUUAUAUGUGGCACAGUAUAUUAAAACAAAAGUCAUGUUUAAUCUGCAGUCAUUUAUUUACAGUAUGUACUGAAAAUAACUCCACUGUACAAUAACCGCAGAGCAUGUUCAUUCUUAUCUAUAGACGAUGUACAUAGCAACGCGCCAUGUUCUCUUUGAAGCACCAAAUAAGUGGCAGUUGUGUAGUUUAUAUUUGGAAAUGGUCUCUAUUGUAACUUUGGCUGGCGUGCCGCUCGGCUCUCCUCUUCCUUUAAUUUCAAUUUAAACGUUUUUCUUUCUCUUUUUCGUUUCCUGCACUAGCUUGAAGAAUUAACGGGCUCAGACUGAUCUUUUAUUUGAUUUCUCUCUUCGCAGUGCUCUCUCUCUCUCUCUCUCAGAAAUGUGUACUCGACUGCUGACAAGACCACAAGUAGCUCUUUUUACUGUUCCUGAUUUUAAUGACGACGAUAUCGUGUCAACGGUUUGGUAUUCUCUCAGUCUUGACAGCUAACAUAGGACUGCUUCCAUCAUGGGUUUUGUAACAUUGUUUAGCUUUCGUUACAAAAAUGAUUCUUCCUCUCCCCCCUCUGUGCUCAAAUCUAGAUAUAUAUGGCUGUAUUCAGUAACCAUACAAUGUGUGUGUGAUUUUAUAUAUAUCUAUAUAAAUAUAUAUAUAUAUAUAAUAUAAAAUACACACACAUACACACAAACACAGAGGUAAAAUUGUUGUGUAUUUUUGCCUCUUUUUAUUUAAGCAAUUGUGAUGUAAUAGGUUUUAGGCCUAAGGUCUGUUAUUGCAAUACUUUUACAGAAAAGAAAAAAAAAAUCAAAAAAUGUUGCUCUAAGUGCUGUUGUAGUCAAAGAUUUUAUGCUUGUACUUAUGCUGUAGUCAAACUGCAGCGUAAUGAAUAAAACUUUAAAAGUGA